AUGGAACAAAUGUUCAUGUUGGCAUCCAAGGACCGUAUCAAUCGACCACCACAGAAAAAACGAAAACGAGGACACGGAUCGAAGAUCUGGAUUAGCGACCUUACCGACAUCGAUAAAAUCUACAAAGCGUCUGAAAUUCGGGACAUAAUAGCCUCGGCCAAUGUAUAG